UGAAUGUGAUGUUUUAUGUUUGUUUUUCUUCCUUUCAGCCACCGAACUGAUGUUGUCGCCUUCUUAGUCUCCAGUGGAGCAAAUGUUAAUAAGCAUAACUCAUGGGGCGACACACCUCUACAUCUGGCUGUGGAGAAGAACUAUGAAGAUGUAGUCAAAGUCCUGUUAAAUAGCAAAGAAAAUAACAAUUUACAGGUUAAUCUGCGAAAUAUUUUGGGUUGCAUAGCUCUCCAUGUUGCCUGUCUCUUUGGACACAUAAAGGUUGUUGAACUUCUCCUGCAACAGAAUGGCACGGAUGUUAAUGCUGUGCAGGAAGAUGGUUGGACAGCUCUCCAUGUUGCCUGUCACUUUGGACACAGAAAGGUUGUUGAACUUCUCCUGCAACAGAAUGGCAUCGAUGCCAAUAAGGUGAACCUCAAGGGUGACACUCCUCUACAUCAGGCAGUUCGAAAGAGGCACUAUGAUGUGGUUGCUUCAAUGCUGGUCCAGGAUUCAGUGAAACUGGAUAUUGAGAACAAUCGUAAAAGAACACCCUUACUGGAAGCCAUGUAUGCAGCCCACCUCGGAAUAGUCCAUAAACUUAUUAUACAUGGUGCGAACAUGAAUGCCGUCGACAAUGAUGGCAAUAAUUGUUUGCACCUUUCCAUAAUAAAGAAAGGGAUGUUUCAUUCUGAGGUGGAACGCAUUUACAUUUUAGAUAAGUGCUGUGCUAAGCUUGGGUUGCCGAUCAAAAAGAGGAUCUCUGGUGUAGGAGUCGCCAGCUAUCUAGCCCACCAGGGGGCCAACUUGUACAGGAAAAAUAAUAAGAAUGUAGCUCCAUUGGACCUCAUUGGGGAUGCAGAUUUGAAAGAAAAAUUUAAAGUAUUAUUCCCCCCACCACAAUGUAUGCUUUGUGAAGUGAAUGAAGCCAGCAUGGAGUUACAACCCUGUGCACAUACUGUUUUAUGUGAAGAUUGUAGCAAAAUUCAACUUAAAACAUGUAUAGAAAGCAAAAGGAGAGUUGUGUGUCCAAAGUGUAAAGAAAAAGCAGUCAAGACGGUUGUAGAAUCUGUUGAAUGUCCAAAGUGUAAAGAAAAAGUAGAAUCUUUUGUGUGUCCAAAGUCUGAAGAAAAAGGAGUCCAGACGGUUGCAGAAUCUGUUGUGUGUCCAAAGUCUGAAGAAAAAGCAGUCAAGACGGUUGCAGAAUCUGUUGAUUCUGUAACGGUAGAGGAGAUUCAUCUUCAUAGGGUGUCCCAAAAGUUGGCAGGUAAAUGGAUGGAACUUGGAAGGGAAUUAGGAAUUCGACAAAAUGACCUGGAAAUCAUCAGGCAUGACUAUCCUCAAAGCGUUAGGGAACAAGGCUUCCAGAUGCUGUUCAAAUGGCAUCAAAGUACUGAUCCAGAGAAACGUACACCUCGAAUAUUAAAAGCAGCUCUUAAGGAAACUGAAUGUUAUGAUGCACUCAAAUGUUUAUCAUCAGAAUUCAAUUGAAUUUCUUUGUAAAUUGUUGCUGUUGCUUAGUCGCAAGUCUGUCUUUACCACAGACCUAUUAUCAAAUGCCUUCCAUCCAGGACCAUCAUGUCUUUUUCCUAAGUAUAGAGAACGUAGAACCACAUUGUUUAAUGUGUCCUUCUUUAAGGUGAUAAGUUAUGAAUGGAGUAGGAUUUGGGGAUCUUUACCUUUUGACCGGCAGAUUUAGAAAAUAAUUUUUUGGAACUAAACACUUUCAAACUUCGUAUUCUGGUAGAAUGUGUCGUAUAAAACAUCUUUUACUCUUAGCGUUUUUGAGAAA